GGAAGUCGUGUACGCGAGAUCCCGCCUUGACGGGAAGACUCUUCGGUGCCGUCUUCGGUGUCUGUCGCGAUGCAGAGGGAGGAAAAGCAGCUUGAGCUAUCGUUAGAGGCUCUCAUCAGUCAGGUAGCUGAUCUGAAGAAUUCCUUGGUCAGUUUCAUUUACAAGCUCGAGAAUGAAUACGAUCGGCUGACCUGGCCUUCAGUGCUUGACAGCUUUGCACUACUGUCAGGACAACUGAACACACUGAAUAAAGUGCUGAAGCAUGAGAAGACUCCAUUGCUGCGCAAUCAGGUCAUCAUUCCCUUAGUAUUGUCACCAGACCGUGAUGAAGAGAUUAUGCGGCAGACAGAAGGACGAGUGCCAGUGUUCAGCCAUGAAGUUGUACCUGAUCAUUUGCGGACAAAGCCUGAUCCUGAGGUGGAGGAGCAAGAAAAGCAGUUGAGCACAGACGCAGCUCGUAUUGGCACUGAUGUGGCACAGAAACAGAUCCAAAGUCUAAACAAAAUGUGCUUGAAUUUGUUGGAGAAGAUCAACAAAGAAGAACGAGAAUCUGAGAGUGGAGGUUUACGACAGAACAAACAGACAUACAACUCUGCCGAUACUAAUGCGUUGGUUGCAGCUGUAGCCUUUGGGAAAGGUCUGUCAAACAGGCGUCCACCAGGUGUGACAGGGCCUGUUCAGUCUAGUCAGCCAGGUGCCAACACCAUCAUAACAGGUGCUUCUGCCAUGCAGCAAGUACAAAUGCCUGGAGCACCAAAUCAAGCACAGCCCAUGCUUGGAGGAGUACAAAUGCCACAAACAGGCCAGCCAGGUAAGAUGCCCAGUGGCAUAAAAACCAAUAUCAAGUCUGCUUCAAUGCAUCCCUAUCAAAGGUGAGUUUGGGAACGACAUUGGCCUGUUGCUGCUCCUGGACUUCCUUCCAGAGAUUACAAACUACUCUCAACAAUGAAAUUCCUGAUUGCACCUCCGUAUACUCCAAAAUCUCCUGAGUUCAUUUAUUUAUAUGGCCACAUUUACCUCUUUGGACACUGCAGUGUAGGAUGUAUUCUUUGUACAGCAUGUGCCAGAGGCAAAUGCUUUGGGAAGAGCACCUCUGCAGCCUAGCCAGGCCUGGAGGGAAAAGUAGUAAGGAGACUGAUAGUCUUCAGAGAGUGCACUUCUUUUGGUAUCUGUAUUGUAUCAAGGUGGAAGAGGCAUGUAACAUGAAGAAGUUUUUUGUUUAAUAAAGACCAGGUGCGC